CUCCGCCGUUUCUUUCAUGACCCUACAUCAUGCCUGAAGCCGUCGCCACCCCCCAGAAGCGGGUUCUGGGCGAUGCUUCCAAUAACUCCCGCCCCGUCGUCCCCGAUUCCAGCGCCCUCAAGAAGCGCAAGCUCGCCAACGACCCCGUCGCCAGACUCAACCCCACCACCAAUGGCCAGCGGAGAGUCCCCGGCUCGAGUCAGCCCCAGAAGAGUCAGUUCGAGGAGGAGGUGCUGGAGAAAUUGACCCAGGACAUCAACGAGUUGAAGAAUCACAAUUCCGAGAAGGACCAGCAGUGGGAGCGCCCGCCGCUCGGCGAGUUUGACCCCUCCAAGGAGAACAUUUGCUUCCAGCAGAUCGAUGCGGAAGAGGGCACCUUUAUGGGCGGCAAGACCGCCGUUCGACUCUUCGGUGUCACCGAGGCAGGUCAAUCGGUCCUCCUCCACGUUACCGGAUUCCAGCACUACCUCUACAUCGCCGCGCCCGUGAAUUUCACCAAGGAGGACUGCGACCCCUACCGAGCCUUCCUGGAAAGUCGACUCCAGCAGUUCCAACAGCAGACCAUCCAGUCCGUCCAGAUCACCAUGCGGGAAAAUAUCUACGGAUUCCAGGGCAACCAGAAGAGCUACUACCUCAAGAUCACCGUCACCGAGCCCAAGUUCAUCAGCAAGCUGCGGAACGCGUUGGAGACCGCCGGGACGCAAAACCUGAACUACAAGGGCCUGUGGAGCAGCGGGGAGGGGGGCAUUCUCACCUUCGACAACAUCCAGUAUCUUCUCCGCUUCAUGAUCGACACCGACAUCUCAGGCAUGUCGUGGGUGGAAGCAAAGGCGGGCAAAUACCGCCUGCUGCAGAGUCAGGGGCGCGUGUCCAACUGUCAGAUCGAGGCGUGUGUCGACUACCGGGAUCUGAUCUCGCAUCCACCGAACGGCGAAUGGGCCAAGAUGGCCCCGCUCCGUGUCCUGUCCUUUGAUAUCGAGUGUGCGGGUCGAAAAGGGAUCUUCCCCGAACCGAACCAGGACCCCGUCAUCCAGAUUGCCAACGUCGUGACUCGCUACGGAGAGUCCAAACCCUUCGUGCGGAAUGUCUUCGUUCUGGACACGUGCAGCCUGAUUGUCAACACACAGAUCUUGGAGUUCAAGGACGAGUCGAAGAUGUUGAUGGCGUGGCGCGACUUUGUGGAGAAGGUCGACCCCGAUGUGAUCAUCGGGUACAACAUUGCCAAUUUCGAUUUCCCGUACCUCUUGGACCGCGCGAAGCAUCUCAAGUGCCAGGGAUUUCCGCUCUGGACCCGGCUCAACGGCGUCCAGUCGGUCAGCAAAGAGACCAACUUCUCCAGCAAGCAGAUGGGCAACCGGGACACGAAGUCGACGAACACGAAUGGUAGAAUCCAGCUCGACAUGCUGCAGCUGGUGCAGAGAGACUACCACCUGCGAAGUUACACCUUGAACUCGGUAUCCUUUGAAUUCCUGGGUGAACAGAAGGAGGACGUGCACCACACCAUGAUCACAGAGUUGUUUAACGGGACACCCGACUCGAGACGACGUUUAGCCGUGUACUGUCUGAAGGAUGCCUACCUCCCGCAGCGCCUGAUGGAUAAGCUGAUGUGUCUGGUCAACUACACCGAAAUGGCGAGAGUCACAGGUGUGCCGUUCAACUUCCUGCUGUCCCGAGGUCAGCAGGUCAAGUUCAUCAGUCAGCUCUUCCGCAAGGCUUUGGAGCAACAGCUGGUGAUUCCGAACUCCAAGUCCAACGACGAACAGGACUAUGAAGGUGCCACGGUCAUUGAGCCCACUCGGGGCUACUACGGCGUCCCGAUUGCCACUCUCGAUUUCGCCUCGCUGUACCCUUCCAUCAUUCAGGCACAUAACCUCUGCUACACCACGCUACUGAACAAGAACAGCAUCGAGAAGCUGAACCUCAAGAAGGACGAGGAUUACAUCGUCACUCCGAAUGGCGACAUGUUCUGCACAAGCAAGGUCCGCAAGGGCCUGUUGUCUCAGAUUCUGGAAGAACUGUUGACGGCCCGAAAGCGGGCCAAGAAGGAGCUGGCGACCGAGACGGACCCCUUCAAGAAGGCCGUCCUCAACGGAAGACAGCUUGCGUUGAAGAUCAGCGCCAACAGUGUGUACGGCCUCACGGGUGCGACCGUGGGGAAAUUGCCGUGCUUGCCCAUCGCGAGUAGCACGACCAGCUAUGGCCGUCAGAUGAUCGAGAAGACCAAGCAGGAGGUGGAAGCCCGAUACACGAUUGCGAACGGGUAUUCGCACGACGCCAAGGUCAUCUACGGUGAUACCGACUCGGUGAUGGUCAAAUUUGGCGUCUCCGAGUUGGAGGAGGCCAUGAGACUGGGGCAGGAGGCCUCGGAAUACGUGUCGUCCAAGUUCCUGAAGCCGAUCAAACUCGAGUUCGAAAAGGUGUACUUCCCCUACCUGCUGAUCAACAAGAAGCGGUAUGCCGGGCUGUACUGGACGAACCCCAAGAAGUACGACAAGAUGGACACCAAGGGGAUUGAGACGGUCCGUCGCGACAACUGCCUGCUGGUUCAGAACGUGAUCGAGACGGUGCUGCACAAGAUCCUGAUUGACCGGGACCUGGACGGGGCGCAGGACUACGUGAAGCACACCAUCUCGGACCUUCUCCAGAACAAGGUCGACAUGUCGAAGCUGGUGAUCACCAAGGCUCUGUCGAAAGAUGCCUACACGGCGAAGCAGGCGCACGUCGAGCUGGCCGAGCGGAUGAGGAAACGCGACGCCGGGUCUGCGCCCACGCUGGGGGACCGCGUGGCGUAUGUCAUCAUCAAGGGCGCCGGGGGGUCGAAGAACUACGAGCGGUCGGAAGACCCGAUCUAUGUGCUGGAGAACAACAUCCCCAUCGACACGAAAUACUACCUCGACAACCAGCUGGCCAACCCGCUCGGGCGCAUCUUCGAGCCCAUCCUCGGGGAGAAGAAGGCCAGCCAGCUGCUCACGGGCGAGCACACGCGGUCGAUCUCGGUGGCAGCGCCCACGAUGGGCGGGCUGAUGAAGUUCGCGAAGAAGACGCAGACCUGCCUGGGCUGCAAGAAGCCGCUGUCCGGGAAGGAGGAGUCGGCGGGCGCGGUGUGCGCGUACUGCCGCCCUCGCAUGGGGGAGCUCUACACGCGGUCGCUGACCAAAGUGUCGGACCUGGAGGUCCGGUUUGGGCGGCUGUGGACGCAGUGCCAGCGGUGCCAGGGCAGUCUGCACUGCGAGGUGAUCUGCUCGUCCCGGGAUUGCCCGAUCUUCUACAUGCGGAUGAAGGCGAAGAAGGACGUGGAGGAUGCGGAGAAGGAGCUGUCCCGGUUUGAUUUCGACGCGGGUGCAUGGUGAUGAAGUUUUGGGUGUAUGACUUUGGACUGGACGGACCCGGCGCAAUUGGACGAUAGCAUGCAUGGGUUUACGAUUGAAUAAUAUCACAUAUCACGCACAGGCUUUGUAUGGUAAAAUGCGAG